ACACACACACACACGCACACGCACACGCACACACACACACACACACACACACACACACACACACACACACACGCACACGCACACGCACACACACACACACACACACACCUGCAAAACCUGUAUGCACACACACCUGAGCUCUCCGCUCAGCAGCAACAAACGCUCACUUGAUUUUGACUGCAUUUUUAAACAAUUUCAUUUUGAAACAAAUCGUAACAGCACAAAGGCUUCAGAGUUUUUGUGAUUAUAAAAGUAUUUUAAGUUCAUUACAACCUUUAUUUUCUCAUAAAUGAGCCGAGUUAGUAACUCUGUGAAGCCCAGAGAACCUCGGCGGAGCAGGUCGAGAGGAGCCUGCUGCCGGUCCGAGAGUCCGGGCAUGAUGGAUCAGAGACAGAUCAGCGGCCACGCCGUUUGUCAGAGACAAAGGAAUAGCAGCAGCAGGUUCAGGGGUGGGGGCAUCUAUCAUUUUAUCCCAGGCCCCAACCACACUGUCUUCUGGCUUGUGUUUAGUAAUGAACUCAUUUUGAUAAAGCAUAAAAUAAAAAUAGUCUCUUUUAUUUAUUGGUUUGUUUUGAAUUUCAUAGGGAAGCUUUUCAAAUGUACGUAUAAUCUUUGUCUCACUCAUCUUAAAAAAAACAAAAAAGCUGUAAAUAACUGAGCUAGCCAAUGUAAGAUGUUCAUUUUGUUUACUUUGGAUUUUUACAAAUUAAAUGUCUUUAUGCAAAACAGAAUGACAAGGAGAAAUUUGGCUUUUAUUGAGGAAACAUGAGGUGUAAUAUUUGUACUCGAAGCUGUAAGUUUCAGGUUAAAGGAAACAAUGGAACAAGAAUUCCUGAGAGUUGCAGGAUGCGGGAAGAUGAAGCAUCAGAAUGAGGAAGGAGGAAACAGAGCUCACACGAUGAUGCACCUGUUCAGCAUGAGGAAACUACACGCUAUAAAAAAGAACAAAAGAGAGAGAGAGAGACAGUUGCUGCAGAUUGUGUGAGUAUUCAUUUCAUCCUGGUUGAUUUCUGCUGUGAUUAAAUGUCGUGUUUUAUUUUUAUUCUCCUUCCUUCAGACUCUGCUUAUUUCUCAGUUGUUUGUUAGGAUUUUUAUGCAGAUUUUUGUAACUUGGCUUUUUUUUAUCUCUGUUAUUUUAUUUAAUUACACAACUUUCUGUCUAACUUGUGUUAAUUUAUUAGCAUGUUGCACAGAAAAAAAAGUACUUUUAUUUCUGAUCAUUUGGAAUCUCUUCAGUUUUUCAAAUUUGAUAAACGUUUUUCGGGUAUAGACUUUCUACAUUUAGUUAUAACCACUGAUGUUUAUGUAGAAGUUUGUCUACAAGAGUUUACAUCUGUUUAUGGUAAAUGGUAAAUGGCCUGUAUUUGAUAUAGCACCUUCUAGAGUCCUGGAACCCCCCAAGGCGCUUUAUAACACAAUCAGUCAUUCACCCAUUCACACACACAUUCACACACUGGUGGGGAUGAGCUACAAUGUAGCCACAGCUGCCCUGGGGCGCACUGACAGAGGCGAGGCUGCCGAGCACUGGCGCCGCCGGUCCCUCCGACCACCACCAGCAGGCAACGUGGGUUAAGUGUCUUGCCCAAGGACACAACGACAGCGACAUACUGAGCAAGCUCGAACCUGCAACCUUCCGAUUACGGGGCGAGCACUUAACUCCUGUGCUACCGUCGCCCACUUAUCUACUGAGUUUUGUUUUAUUUUUGGUUUAUAAUUAGUUAACAAUCUUUUUUUUUUUUUUGCUAAUUUCCACACCUUAUGAUAGUCUGGUUAUAUGACAGAUAACCAGGGUCUGUGGAGCGAACCUCAUCACCUAAUUAUGGUGUUUAAAUAGCAUCAAAUAACAGCUCAAUAGAAUGUUAACAAUACCCACACAGCAGACUUUCUAUGGUUGUCAAAAAAUGUCAAAUUUUAAAAUAUUUUACUUCUCCUUUAGCUGAGUUGUACCAGGCUCUGAAGAUGCUAGUCCUGAAGGUGCAGGACCUAAUGGUCCUCACUGCUCUGCUGCUCUCCAUCACGGGUCCCACAGAAACCAGAGUGGUGACUUCACUACAAGCCUGCCACAACUUCUUCUGUCAGCAAACUCCACCAAACAUCCCAGGAAUCUUGGCCCACGGAAACAUCAUAAACCAAAACAGAUACAAACCCAUUUGCCAAACUUUUGAAAACACGGUAACAUUUGUGACACUUUAUGAUACCACCAACAAGAUUCCAGUGUUUUCUGCCUAUAAGUACACACAAUAUGCUACUGGAAGGCCACGUGACAUUUGGAUGAUUGAACCACAGCUUGAGAACCUUCACAGUGGUAACAACAUGGAGAUACCUGAAAGAAACAAGAGUUACCAAUUCCAGGCUACGCCAGACGACUACGAUACCAGUCAGAAAUAUCAGAAAGGACAUUUAUUACCAAACUCCUUUGGAUCUAAUAUGAAUGUAAAACAAUCUACAUUCACACUGACCAACGCUGUUCCACAAGUGGAUAAAUUUAACACAGUGGCCUGGAGAAUUAUUGAAAGAGAUUUGAAAAGCUAUAUGGGGAAUUAUUGUGUCAACAACAAUGAUCAGAUAGAAGCUUAUGUGGUGAUCGGAGCACAGCCUGGCACGGACAACAAAUUUCUUAACGGCAAGAUUAAGAUUCCUUCAAUAUUGUGGUCAGCCUUCUGCUGCUACAGCAAGAGUACGGGUACAUGGCUGACAAGUGCUCAGUGGGGGAAGAAUACAGACCACCCAGAACUUCAGAGUAAGACAUUGAAUGAAUUGUAUCACGUAUUGGGUCAUGGAUUUGAUUUGUUUCCCAACACACAGUGCCCUCGGGACUGUGAAUGUACUUUGUCUGGCUGCAAACGACCCAGAUCCUCCUAAUAUAUCUUUAUGUUAUCUUGAUCAUUUCUAACAACCUUUGUAAGUCCUUCAUCCUUUGUGCUGGUACAAGAAAUAAUGUAUUUUCCCGUUAUUUGCCCUGGCCAAUAGGGUGACCACGAGGUUUUUUUUUUCCGAUGCGUUGGGGCAUUUAGCGAUUUAACCUCACCCCCAUCCCGACCUUAACCCAGUUUCUUGUUCUAAAUUUCCCAUUUACCGUGUUUGAGAGGAACGAUACAACAAGAAACAAAGUGUUUCAUUUGCAAAUGAGUUAAGGUUAGGAUGGGGUGAGGGGAAAGUUGAAUUGCAAGAGAGUAAAGGUCACAGUUUGCUAAAAUCUCAGUUUUACCACGGGCGUCUGAAAGCGAUGCUUUGGCCCAGUGCGUCGCCUCCCGAACAAAUGCUGGUCACCCUUCGUCAUUUUUCGACGCUUUGGAUGUGAGAAUGUGUUGGCUUUACCAGUUCAAGCAUGUGAGGGACUAAAAAGGACUUUGUGAUUAGGUUAAGGUUGUUUUCCAACUAAGGGUUCUGGCUAUUCAUUACUGUGAAAAUAAUAUUAAAUGAAUAAAAAAUAACAAUAAAAGUUCUCACCUUACCCAAGUUGUCAUAUAGAAUAUGUUUAAUGUUAUGUAGUUUUCAAUGAGGUGCUUCCCUUCACAUACAUAAUAAACUAACGCUGACAUUUGAAACAACAGCGAAUCACAUUUAGCUGUUGAAAGUCUUUUCUUGGCCCAUGUGUUUAUAAUAACAAUCUGUUUGACUUUAUUGAAGCCAUACUUUGCAACUUUUUCAUGUUUUUAAAUCAUUUUUCAGAGGUGUGGACUUGAGACACAUGACUUGGACUCGAGUCAAUAUUUUAAUGACUUCUGACUUGACUUGAUAAAAUCUAUAAAGACUUACGACUUGACUCGGGCUUGAACGCCAAUGACUUGCGACUUGAAUCGACUUGCGUCUGUUGACUUGAUGAGUGGCACGACAUGGACAAAAAUUAUAAAUCGUUCUUCGUUCUGGGUUUGAUCUUGUACGGCUAAAUGCAGCAGCACUUUGUUUAUAAUCAGUUUCAGUUUAACUUUCUGCUUGUUUGAGCAAAUAAAUGAAGCUUUAAGAAGCUUUAUUUCUGGAAUUUAUUUAUUAUCAUCGUCAUUAAAUUGAAGUUGGACAGAUGACUUGAUUAUGACUUGAAAAUUCAAAGUUAAGGACUUGGAUUUGACUUGGACUUCCAGAUCAUUGACUUUGGACUUGACUUGGACUUAUAGUUGUCUUUGACUUGGACAUGACUCAAAACUUGACUGGAAAGACUUGUGACUUAAUUGGGACUUGUAAAGCAGUGACUUGGUCCUACCUCUCUCAUUUUCCUGAGCCAGUAUGUGCUAAUGAACCUUUACAGGGUAGAAAAAAACCUAAAUCCUGGAUUAGCUAACAUAAUCUAAAAGGCCAUU